AGAUUAUCUCAAACAACGAGUAGUGCAACUACUUCGUCAUCAGAAGGCCGAGGACGGAGAGAAGCCAGCCCUGAGGUCGACAGACAAGACUUACACUUACCCAACCUGGACGGACAUCUACCAGUCUAUGAUGUGCAAUAUGGGGAAUUCGACAUAGUUAUGACGAAAGUGAACGGUUCCCUGGGCUUCACACUUCGAAAGGAAGAUCACAGCGCACUAGGACAUUACGUGAGGGCACUCGUUCGGGAACCGGCACUUAGCGACGGCAGAAUACAACCUGGAGAUAGAAUAGUUGCAGUAAACGACACGCCAAUGUCGAACAUGUCACACGCUGAAGCGGUCGCGUUUUUGCGAGCGUGUGGAUCGGAGGUGCGGCUCCGACUUUAUCGUGAUCACGCUGCGACGCCGCUGUCCCCCAUGUCACCGAAGGAAGAAGCCCCUACGGACUCCGAUGCACCUUUGAACAGACCCAAACCUCCAUUAAGGCCUGAAGCGGUAUCGAUGUUGUGCGAUCUGGCCGCGAGACGUCUAACCCCAGACGCGGCGGAUGGUUCCCGAUCCCCCUGUCUAUCCCCCCGCAAGUUCCGCAAACUCACCAAGGAUAACAAUCACUACGAACAACCGAACGUACCCCCGCAUGGAUAUGAAUUAAACAAUCUCGAUAAUGACGCCUUGGAUGCGCCUAAUAUCUACCAGGAAGACAUAAGUCGACAGAGAUAUACUGAACCGGCAUUUCCAAUUGACUCUGAUGAGCCAGUAUCUAUGCCCGCUGAGCUGUCGAGUGAUGAGGCUCGGUUUAAGCAUACGAAUCCUGCGUACCAAAGUGCUGUGCUACAUACAAGUAGCGACGGCGAUGGCAGCAAAGAAGAUAGUAAUAACGAGCGGCGAGUGAUAGAGCCCCCCCUACCGCCUCUACCGCCGCCGCCACAUAUCACUCCGAAGGAAAUAGAACCCGUCCAAAAGGAGAAUGUCAAGCCUGAACCGGUAAAUGAGGUGACGAGCACUGAACCCACGAUAGUGACGGUAGAAUUGAACCGGGGAUGGAACAGCAGGCUGGGGUUCAGCGUACAAAGUCACCCGGACUCGGGGCAAAGUUAUAUAUCCGCCGUGUACAGCGACAGCGUGGCAGCGCGCGACGGCCGCCUGCGACGAGGCGACGUCAUACUGCAGGUAAACGAUGAAAAUGUGACGUCAAUGAAAACACCAGAAGUAAUAGACUUACUAAGAAUACUCCGAGGCUCCAUAUGCAUCACAGUUUUAAGACCACCUAACGCGAAAUAA